CACACUGUCUUGGAUUAAUCAACAACAGGAAAAGAUUAGUUUACUGGGAAAAACAAUAAUAAUUGCAAUUAUCGCUAAUUGAAAAAGUGUCAAAAUGAUACCAAAAAAGACGACUGUGAAGGAUUCACAUAUCGUGAAGAUAGCCGUGGAGCGGGAGAACCAUAUGGCGCAAUUGAUAAAUCUGGAUCAGAGGCAUCCCCUAGCAAGUAAAAUCCAGGACAUUUGUAAUGGUUGGUCUAUCAGUGAUCACCAGAAUUACGCCCUUCAGUUUUGCGAGUCCAAUAACCAGAAGUACGUAACCGAGAAGAACCGAAAUGAGAUUAAGAACGGCUCCGUACUGCGGCUGCAGUAUUCGCCAUCCAAGACGGCCUGCGAUGCCAUGGAAUGCCUGUUGAAUGGCAACCCUCAGGAAAAAGCCCUGCGGCUUAAGGAGCUAACCUCCCUCAGUACCGAUCACACCUUUGCCCUAGAGUUUAUCAAGGAGAAUGGUUUGGACACAUUAAUCAAAAUGAUUGAGGACGUCAGCCAAACCAACGAAGACAUUCUUAAAUACAGCCUGGCUAGUUUCGUAGAACUAAUGGAGCAUGGCACUGUUUCGUGGGAAGUACCGGAAAACUCUUUUGUGGCUCGGAAUAUCGAGAUUGUCAGAAACUUUCAGAAGUAUCCCACAAACUGCGGCGAAAGCGCCCUUUCUAACUUAGAGAAUAUUGUCAUGUGCAGCAGUAAACACGUCUUAGUCGCUGAGGACAUUAAGCUUCAAGAUAUUCUCCGAUUGCUGCAGGAUGUCAAUUCACCGGUGAUGCGUCAGAAUGCUAUCGCUCUUCUAAACGCUCUGUUUGUCAAAGCAGACGAGUCCCGCAGAAGGACAAUCGCGCAAACUAUCAGUGCCAAGCAAUUUCGGUUAGCCCUUAUUGGUAACGGCCUGGGCACCGAGAUGACCCACCAGUUGUACGUUCUGCAAACUCUGACUCUUGGCCUUCUGGAGAAGCGGAUGCGCAUGAAGAUGAACGCCCAAGACCAGGAUGCCCACGAGAAAAUCAAAGAGCUGAGGCGCAUAGCUUUUGAUGACCACACCAAUGCUUUGAAUCAGAGUGAUGAUCAUAUCCGACGAGGAGGAGGCUCAGGUCCCGGCAGCGUAAAUUUCUCACAGUACUACAAAAAGCUUGGCUUUAAAUGCGACAUUAAUCCUGCCCAGGAUUUCAUUGAGACGCCACCCGGAAUAUUGGCUUUAGACUGCAUGGUGUACUUUGCUCGAAACUACACUCAACAGUAUGCUAAGAUUGUGCGGGAGAAUUCCUGCCGUGCGGAUGAACACGAGUGUCCGUUUGGACGCACUUCAAUCGAACUUGUCAAGGUGUUGUGUGACAUCCUGCGCAUUGGCGAACCUCCAGCCGAGCAAUCCGGUGACUUCCAGCCAAUGUUCUUCACUCACGACUCGCCCUUUGAGGAAUUCUUUUGUAUCUGCGUCAUCACACUGAACCGCACAUGGAAGGAUAUGCGUGCAACUGCUGAGGACUUCACCACAACCUUUAGUGUGGUGCGGGAGCAGAUCCAACGAACACUCAAAUGCAGACCUGAAAACUUGGAAGAUUUUCGCAAUAAGAUCGCUUUGUUGACCUAUCAGCAGAUCACAACACUGCGCCAGCAGGAACGGACUUCGAAGGAGGAGUGCGACUCCACGGCCUCAGCGAUUGUGAAGCUUAAGGAGAAAAUAUCGCCGCACAUUCUUGAGCUGAUCAAGCAACAGCGGCUUUCUUUUUUGGUGGAAGGCACUCAUUUUGCGAAAUAUUUGCGAGGAACUCGAACAAAAGACAAGUUCUGGUACGCUCGUCUUUCGCCUAAUCACAAGGUUAUUCACUAUGGUGAUUGCGAUGAAAAAACAAUACCCACCAUGGAGGAGCUGCCCAAGAAACUUCCCAUUAGUGAGAUUAAGCAGUUGCUAGAGGGCAAGGAAUGUCCGCACAUGAAAGAAACUCGCAUAAGGAAGUCGGCCGUAAAUCUGGCUUUUUCCAUAACAUUUGAGAACAUGGAGCACUCCACGUUGGACUUUGUGGCGCCCGAUGAAAGCAUAUUCAACUACUGGACAGACGGGAUUAACGCUCUGCUGGGUCAGCCUAUGGUCAGCAAACAAAAGAACGAAGAUUUCGACACCUUAUUGUCCAUGGAGAUCAAGCUGCGUCUACUGGACACCGAGGGAGUGGACAUCAGCAAGGACCCACCGCCCAUACCCGAGGACCCCGAGAACUACGACUUUUGCUUCGAGAGCUAAGCAUAACAUACACAUUUACUAUGCAAAAUAUCGAUUUAUUCUAGACUCCCAUCACCCAAGAUACAUGCCAAAGUGUACCCACUACAUAUAUAUUCUCCGAUCUGAUCUUCUGCUAGUAUUACUUGUGCAAUUCCCCGAACACAAAAUGAACAAACUGGUGCGGGCACUUGCAAGUGACUUCCCGCUGCCUAGCCAUUUAGUGAACUUUUACACCAUUUAUUAUAAUAGUAGGUAUAUAAUAUAUAGAGAUCAUUAAAUAACACAUUUUAUACAUAACAAUUUUGUACAAAAA